CAAAAACAGUAGUACUACAACUAAACGAUUAUCUAGAAGAAUGACAGUGCUUGAAAAUUUGUUUUCAUUUAACAAAAUUUUGAAAAGGAAGGAAUUGUAGCGGUCUGAACUUUUUCUUUGCAGCAAGUUAUUGAAAUCAAUUGAUUUUUAAAGUGCAAAUUAAAUCAUUUACAAUGGAUUUCUCUCAUGGAAGCUGCACAUCUACUUUGUUUGCUAAAGAUGUUGAUAAUAUGUUGCCUUUCACGAAACAAUCAUCUUGGAACUUUGCUGCCGUCGAUAAUCCGAGAAAACACACUACACAUCCAAUUGUAACCGGUUCUUCAGUUUUGGGCAUUGCUUAUGACAAAGGCGUAAUGAUCUGUGCUGAUACUAUGGGUAGUUAUGGAUCUUUGGCUCGGUACUUUGACUGUCCACGAGUUUUGCAAGUAAAUAAGCAAAUUAUCUUAGGAGCUGAAGGAGAUUAUGCAGAUUUCCAAUACCUUACUGGUGUUAUUGAACAACAAAUAAUUGAUGAAGAGUGCUUAAAUGAUGGAUUUAUUUUAAAACCAAAGUCUUUAUAUACUUGGCUAACUAGAGCUUUAUAUAACAGGAGAUCCAAGUUUGAUCCAUUGUGGAAUGUUUAUGUUGUAGGUGGAAUGCAAGAUGAUAAGCCCUUUUUGGGGUACGUUGACAAAAUUGGGACAGCAUAUGAAAGCCAAACUAUUGCUACCGGCUUUGGCAGUCAUAUUGCUCAGCCUAUCCUUCGAACAUAUGUAGAGAAGAAACCUGAUCUAAGUAGAGAGGAAGCCUUAGUAUUAUUAAAAGAUAGCUUGAGAGUAUUAUACUAUAGGGACUCCAGGGCUUUCACCAGAUUUACCCUUGCUACCUGUACUAAAGAGGGAGUAAAAAUGGAAGGUCCAUUUGAAAUAGACUCAGACUUUUCAAAUGCCAAACUGACAUGGAAUGACUCAGCCUAAAAUAAUCAAGAAAUACAUGUAAACUGUAUUUAUUUUGCUACUUUUUUUUUCACUCUCCUUUCACACAUUUUAUGUUGAGAAAUAAAAUUUUAAAAGUUA